AUGUCACCAGUAGCGGAAGGGAACAACAGCAAGCUUGCCAUGCACACACACACUCUGUCCCUUCUACCUACGUAUGCCAUUGAAAGAAAUUCACUUUAUUUUAAUGGAGAAGAAAAACCGGUUUUAUCUUGGAGAAGAAAAUCUAAAGCGCCACCGCCUCCAUCUGAAACAAAACCCAUUGCUGUUUCUCCAUUAGAUGACACAGAAUCAGCCAACCUCAUCAUGGAACAGAAAGAGAAUGUAAUCGAUAAAGAUAUUGAAUUAUCAGUGGUCCUGCCAGGAGAUGUGAUCAAGUAUACUACAGUUAACGGGAAGAAGCCCAUGAUGGACUUGCUGAUCUUUCUCUGUGCACAGUAUCAUUUAAAUCCAUCGGGUUAUACUAUAGAGUUGGUAUCAGCAGAAAAUAGCCAGAUUAAAUUCAAACCCAACACACCAGUGGGAAUGCUUGAAGUGGAAAAGGUGAUUGUAAAGCCAAAACAAAUGGAUAAGAAGAAACCUGCUCCAGUUAUACCAGAGCAAACAGUAAGGGUAGUGAUAAACUACAAGAAGACACAGAAGACAGUAGUAAGAGUUAGUCCACAUUCACCCCUUCAAGAACUCAUACCAGUCAUCUGUAGUAAAUGUGAGUUUGAUCCUUCACACACCCUGCUGUUGAAGAAUUACCAGUCUCAAGAACCCCUUGAUGUGACAAAAUCCCUUAAUGACCUUGGACUAAGAGAAUUAUAUGCCAUGGAUAUCAGUCGAGCCACAUCACCAGUUGAUUUAAAUUUACCAUCUUUGCAAGACUCCUACCAGUCUGAAAACUUAGAUGUUCUGAAGGAGAAAGAAAACAAAGGAUUUUUCAGCUUUUUUCAACGAAGCAAGAAGAAAAGAGAACAAGCUGCCAGUGCCCCAGCAACUCCAUUGAUGAGCAAGCCAAGGCCAACAUUUAUCACGAGAUCUAACACCAUUAGCAAGCAGUAUGAUUCAAACACUCUGCCAUCUGAAAUGCCGAAGAAACGGAGAGCUCCUUUACCGCCUAUGCCAAAUUCUCAGAGUGCUCCCCAGGAACUUGCACAAGCCCAAGUCAGACUGGCACCUGAUAUUGUGAAAUCUAGCAGCCUUGAUAGGAAUGAACAGGCCCCUCCGGGAUUAGUACGGAAGGGUUCUCUGCCGCUCAAUGACACCGCUUCUGUGAACUCCUCUCUACGGAGGAUGAAGCGCAAAGCACCCUCACCACCCUCUAGAGCACCAGAAGAUCAAAGUGAAAGCAAUAACGAGACUGUAACAGAGUCAACAGGAUCAGCCCCUACUAAAGUGGAAGAAAGAGCCACUGAAAUGCAGUCUGAAACAGGUGUCAGGAGCUCAGAAUACAACCUGGAGGAAAUUGAUGAAAGGGAAGAGAUGAGUGUGCAACACAGAGAGGACAGUGAAAGUACAAAUACCUCUGUCGGGAUAGGAGAGGUUACUGCAGUCUUCAGCUCUGCUGAGGUACCACUGGAGACUGAAAAAAAUGAUCCUGCUUCGUCAGCUCCAGUUUCUGGCAGUGUUUCUGUAGACAACUCACAAAGCUUCAAGGAAGAAAAACAAGAAAAUAUGAGCACAGAUGGCAAAGAACUACAGACUAAGAUAAGCAGUGAGCAAGCUGCAUUUGAAAAAGACAGGAAGCUUAGAAUUUUGGAUCAAAAUAAAACCGAUGAUCACAGUGAUACAAAACUCCUUCCAACAACAGAAGAAGGAAAAGAACUUCAGACAGCUGAAAUUAAAACAGUAGAUUUUAGAGAAAAUAACAAGCUUGAAGUUGACAGACUAUCAAACUGCCAGGCAUAUAAAAAUGACAUCUCUCUAAGUCAUGGGAAUUAUCCUCAACUGAUUCCAGAAAAGCAAGAUCAGAAAACAAAUCAAACCAGCUUGGACACAGUAAAAACUCAGGAUGUUGCAAUCCAGACAGGUCCAUCGGAUAGCAAUUUUGGAAGGACUACACAGAAAGAAAUUAUUGUUCCUCAGGGUUGUGAAUCAUCCACAUUCAGAGGACUGGUCCCUCAACACAACACAGAUACAAACAACCCUCUUCAAGUGAUGCAUGGAAUACAAGAGGAUGAAGAUACUUCAACAGAACAAAAUCUUGAGAGACAAGAAGUUACCCAUGAAAAAGUAAUUCCCAUAAAAGAUCAGAGUCACAUUUGUAUAAAUGGUAGUAAUUUUGCUUCACCAGAACCAACUGCAAAAACUCCAGAUGGCUCUCCUGUAAAAGGUCACCCUCUUUAUAGACAGGACACCAAACCUAAACCCAAGCCCGCUAAUGAAAUUACAAGGGAUUACAUACCAAAAAUUGGAAUGACUACUUAUAAAAUAGUGCCUCCAAAAUCCUUAGAAAUAAUGAAGAGCUGGGAAUCAGAAAUUCCAUCAGAUCAUAAGGAUCAAGAGGUAUCUACUUUGGAAAACUCUCUGAAGCAUGAAGACCCCAAAGAAUUCAUAGUGCAAGCUGAAAUUUCUCAUCUUCCAAAAAGUGUGGGUCAUUUACAGGUUGGUUCACAAAAUGAACCUGCAGCAGCAAAUGAUCUGCUGCACAGAGUGAACAGCAUUUCUGAACGUGUUGUGAUGUCUGGAGCUGAGAUUACUACUGAGAGCAAUCGGACGGAAACAGAGUCUUCCAAACAGCGUGUCCCACUGAUGCUAAGCUUGGAUAAUACAAAUGCUUCUUCUGAGACUCAGGACAAGUCAAAUGCAUUAAGUCCUACAAUGAAGCCUAGCUCUUUUUAUCUGCAGAUGCAACGAAGAGCUUCAGGUCAUUAUGUCACAUCUGCAAUUGCCAGAAGUACUAUUUGUGCUCCUAAUUCCAUUCAAAAUGAAGCUAAGAAUACAGAGAAGGGAAAAAAUACCUCAUCACCUGAUCCAACUUCUUUGUCUUUACAUAAAACAAGUACUUCCUCUCCUCCAGCAGAUGAAGAAAAAGUUGAUGACGGAAAAAAAAUUGAAUCCUCCACUUCUCCUGUUAAAAACGAUAAACCUUCAAGUUUUCCCUCCUGUCCACCAGCACCGUUGAACCUAAGAACUCUUAGAACUUUUGCAGUUCCAAAGCCGUACUCCAGUUCGAGACCAUCCCCUUUUGCUCUUGCUGUCUCAUCCGCAGUCAAAAGGUCAAAAUCAUUCAAUAAGACGCGUACAAUCACUAGCCAGGCACCGGGAGAGGAAUUUCCUGUUGAACUCUCCUCUGCCGCUUCGGCAGCUGAAUUCUCCUCAGCUGCCUCCAUGCCUCAAGUGAAAAACCCUUCCUUACAGACCAUAACAGGGGGGUCACAAAAUGGUCUAAUGGAUAAGAAAGGCAGCAAUGUGAAUAGUGAGCAGACGACUCAGGCGCAGUCAGGUGCUUCCACUGACCCCCCACCCCCUGUCACUAAGAGACAAACUGCGAUGACGUUCCAGCGCUCUGACCCAGAACAGAUCCACCAGAGCUUGCUGGCUGCAAUCCGCUCUGGAGAAGCUGCUGCCAAAUUGAAAAGGGUUGGUCCUCCAUCAAACACCGUAUCUGUCAAUGGAAGAGCCAGGCUUACUCACUUGUAUUCCACAGAAGCAAAAGCUAAUCACUAGAUAUUAUACCAAAUAUUUUGCACUUUACUACUGCUUCAUAGGCCAACUUAAUGCUAACUACAAAUUUUUGAAAGUGUAAAUGCAAGUAUAUGUUAAUAUAUUUUUGUCAGUUGUUAUAGGAAUUUCAAGCUGGGUCCUUUGAUGCCUUGGAAAGAUUAUUAGAAUAUGUAAAUUAUGGUAAUAUUUUGCCUUUUUCUCUUUAUAAAGCUGACUAUGCUGCUAAAAAGGUUUAAGAGAAGGUGCAGAUGAGCUUUGCUUAUGUUAGAAUGAGAAUCAAAAAUUCCUGAUUUUAGCCUUCAAGACUGAACAAUAUGUAGCUCUAUGCUGAAAUUACAGAUUUAAAGCAAUCUAAGAAUUUUAGAUCAUUAAUUUUCAAUUAUGUAUUACUCUAACAGAUUGUAUGAAUUUAAAUCUACCACAUGCUGCCUCCAUAUUACUUUGUUAAAUUAAAUUUGUAAUUAGUAGAAAUUCUUAAUUAUAUACAAUACUUUGUUUCUGUUUAAAAAAUAGAUUGUUUUGUUCCUUCAGCUGAGAGUAGUCGGGAUAAGUAUUUUGAUUUUUUUUUUAAUCUCCUUUAACUUUUUCCUGGUAGCACACAAAAAAAAUUCAGGACAUAAAUUAUUGGAAAUUUUUGUACUACUUAAAAACUUUUCUUCACAGUAGCACUACAUGACGUUUCUCAUCUACUCUUUGAGUACCUGGAUAUAGUAUUUACCUAGCACUCAGAUAAGCAAUACUUUUUGUGAACUAGGUAUAUUUUACAGUAGUCAUCAGCAUAUAGUCACUUACUGAUAAAAUGCAAAUUCCAGUUUUGAUACUUAAUGAAAUAGAAGAAAUUUUUGUUCACUGGAAGUAUGAUUAAAGAAUGAACUGCUUUGGACUUAUUCAUGUAAAAUAUUUUAAUCUUAAAACAGCACAAUAACACUCUUACAAAGCAUUCUUGUGUCUGGGAGCAUCUAUUUAUAGAUUAAGCAUUAAAUACCAAAAUGGGAAUAUAUAUUAAAAGAAAAUGCUUCAUGUUAUAUUUUAUCUAUUUUGCAUUUCUUGUCAAGGUUAUACAUUUUGGGGAGAGGGGUGGAAACAUGAUCACACUCAUGAUGAAAUAGCUAGAUUAUGGACGCAUGCAGCAAGUGCUGGGGUAUUUGCCGUAUUAAAAAAAUUUCUUGCUGGACUUGAUUUAAAUAAAAGUAAUUGUAUUUAGUUUCUAUUCUUUAACAAUAUAUUUAUUUUGCACUUUAGAGACAUUCUGUAACUCAGUUUCAGAAACUGAUCUAUAUGUGCAUUUCAAAGGGUUAUUAAUGGUUUGCUGCCAGGUUUUUGUGCAAUGAUCUCAAAGAGGUCUCAUUCCUUUUCUAGUACAGAGUCAAUUAUUGAUUACAAAUAACGGUGUUAACUUAAUGCUGAAACCCUUCAAGGAAUGUUUUAGUAAAUAAAAAUUCAUAAAGAGAACUGAUGAACAUUUGUUCACUGCUGUUCUCUCCUGUUUUCUCUCCUAUAUCUUAGUCCCCUGUCAAUGUGUAUUACCACUUCCUUCUCCUCCUUGUUCUUGCCUCCAAUCAAGGGCUAAUUCCAAGGGCGGGGGCAACCCACAUGGUAGUUCAAAAGUUCUGUUUCAGGGUCUGAUUGCAAAAGAACGCUUCAUCCUUCACUUGAAAAUGGUGAGAUAGAAGAGGUAGGGUUUUUUUCUAGUUUCUAACUGGGGCUUACAUUCUAGAUUUCACUGUGUCUUGAGGGACAGACUUGAAAAUUGUAACUCACUCCCAGGAUCCUGGUGUCUGUGUUCAUUGUGAUAUUUGAAGUCCGUGUUUCAAGCAUUCCUAUACAGCAUGCUGAUCUGUAACUGCCACAGAGAGGCUGCACCGUGAAAGGAAUCUCCUUCUUUGUACUUUGGGUGGGAGGGGGUGACAUGUUUUUUCUCAAACCUUGGUAUUCUCUGCCAGGGUGACUAAAGUUAUUUCAUAAGGCUAAUGUAAUCUCCAUCUGUGGUAAUACAAGUCUAUAUGACAUUUCACUAUUUUAACCAAAUUGGUGGAGUCCAAUUAUUCUGGUUUGGGGGAAAGUUCAAAUAACUGUGCUUUGUUGUUGUUUUCUUUGGUUUUGACUACAAAACUAUACUACUGUAUGUUCCUUAGUCCCGUAUGUUAAAAGUACAUUGCCCUUUUAUUUGAACUCCUGAAGGCAAAUAUCAUCUUAUGUAACAGAGAUUAAAAGUAAAACCACCUUGCUUGAACUUUAGGGUUUCUUGUCUGUGUAACUGAACUUGCUUGAUAAUUAACUGAAAUGUCUACACACACUAUAGUACUGUGAAACUCUUCAAUGAGAUUUUCUGUUACUAGCUGGUAAUAUUGUUUAGCCAAACUUUCUCUUUCCACCUUCUUCCAACAUAUGUGUAACACAUUUUUAAAUCUUGCUGUUGUAUAUCUAGAGACUCAUUUUUUCUUAGACUCUUUUAUUAAA